AUGAUGAAACCUGCUGGAGUUUGUUGGGACUGGUCUAAAUCUUUUUCAGAAGAAUCCAAGGACGGGAUGAGUUCACUAGCCUUCCUAGUGACUGAACUUGAAUUGCAGUCCCUUGCCAACGAGUCGAGGAGAAAGCAUCCAGAAAUACGCGAGGCAGCAGAGAAGUCGCUUGCGAUACUUAGGUCCUCUCCAGGGCAAACGACAGCAUCUUUGGCCUCUGACAGUAUACAGUCAGACGAUCUUCUUCGUCCGCUGUUUAUGGGAUGCGCAACGAAGAACGCCAAAGUCGUCGCCAUCUCGUUGGGGUCGCUGCAGCGGUUGAUAGCCCUCAAGGCUGUACCGCAGUCUGCUGUCGCACUCAUCGUAAGCACAAUGAACGAUGCCAUGAGCCAAGGCGUAGACAUUCAACUUCGGAUCCUGCAAACCUUAGUCUCCUUGAUCACCGAUUUUCCUUCGAUACACGGAGAGCUCCUGGGAGAGGCAUUACUUCUCUGUUUUAAGCUGCAGGAUUCCAGGAUCGCUGUAGUCUCUUCAACAGCUGCAGCUACCCUGCGCCAACUGGUCAUGAUUAUCUUUGGAAAAAUGUUCAACGAGGAUCGUCAAGAGAGCAACGGCACUCCGGACCUGUCUCAAGCGGCGCUUCCGGACGGUAGCACCAAAGUGUUAGGGCCUUGCGCCAAAGAUGCAUUCUCUGUCUUCGAAGAUCUUUGUCUCCUCGCAACUUCAGAGAAGCUCAACUUCUUGAAGCUCGACUACCUACAUAAGACCUUCGCUUUGGAGUUAAUUGAGAGUGUACUUGCGAACUACCACAAGCUGUUCAGGAAGGCAAGUUUGUCGAUCCCAUUCACACACGGAACUUUUGAUGUUGCUGCAACACUACCUCUGUCCACUCAUUCUGAAAUCUCUCUCAGACAGACAUAUUUCGACGCGUCGAAUCCGGAUCAUUCUGGCUCACGUCCAAUAUGGACAAGGGUCCUUGCGAUGGAGAUAAUGAGAGGGGUAUGCAGCGAUGCCGAGCUUGUGCGAAACAUAUGGGAUCGCUAUGACGCGCAGCAGCCGGGCUCCAAGGUCUUCAGCUCUCUUGUGAUUGCGUUGAGACGCCUUAUUACUGAGAAACCUGUUCUACUCGGAGUGAGCGCGCAGAUGAUGGGAGCCGGAAUUUCUCAUGCUGAUGAUAGUGCUGCACCAUCGGGAUCCAAUUACGGUCUGGAGAGCGUGCAGAAUUCGGCCAUGAAGGUGCAAUGUGUAUUGUCUCCCUAUGUGAAGGCUUCGCGUCGUUCACCGGCCCACUGGCCACGUCCAUCAUCGUUUCAACAUCCUCAAGCGGCUGGCGAGCCCGUCAUUCGUGCACCUGCCGCUCUUGACCUCUCUACACUCCCGCAGGACGAUCCUGCAACUCAGCACCUCAUCAUUAUGAGCUCUUUGGUGGACGUUCUUAGCAGCUAUCAAGCCUUGACGAACGUUGCGGGGAUGCUCGCCCUCAGCACCCCUCGCGACGCAUUGUUCAACGCGCUCUCCUAA